UGUAUGGUGAAAAGCUUUUGGUAUCUGCGCCUUCGUCAUCGUUUUUGGGUGUGGUGAAUUUGUGAGAGUUUGGUAUGGGGACUUUUGCCUUGCAUUUGUGUGCGUUAUAUAAGUCGGUUAUGAGUCGCGCGAACUGACGAACCCAACCAACCCAACCAACCCACCCCCCUCACUCUUUCGUCACCCCUAAGAGAUAUCACCGCUAGCCGAAAAAUCCACCACGGCCCCAUUGAGAAUGUUACCAAAAAAGUUCUCAGUUGUUGAUAGCGCACACAUUUAGCCAGCCGUAUAUUCCGCCGUAGUCCGUAUUCCGUAUUCCGUUUGCCGUUUGCCGUUUGCCGUGGAGCGACCGUGCAGAGCGCUUUUCAGUCGCUGAUUUGACCGCCAAACAAACGCAACGCAGCUCGGCUGGUUUUUACUUCUAAAAAAAAAAGAAAAGAAGAAAGAAAAUAGAAAGAAAAACCAACAACAAAAAUAUAAGAAAAAAAAAAGUCAAAACGCGCUCUCCGGUCCAUAACAACAACGAUAACAAAAACAACCAACCAACCAACAACAACAAUAACAAAAAGCAAUUACAUAUAAAAAAAGAAAAGAAAGGAAAGGAAAGCCAAGUUAAACGAACUUUGACAACAACAACAACAGCAAGAACUAAGUUUGCCACUAAAAAGCAAUAGCAGUCAAGUGCAACAAUAACAAUAGCAAUAACAACAAUAACAACAACAACAACAACAAGAAGCGUUACUAGUAACAGCCAAAGCAACAACAACAAAAACAACAACAAAAAGAACAAACAUGGGAAAAAAGAGCUCCAAGUUGAAACAGGAUACCAUUGAUCGCUUAACAACGGACACAUACUUCACAGAGAAAGAAAUACGUCAAUGGCACAAAGGAUUCCUGAAAGACUGUCCCAAUGGCCUGCUCACAGAGCAAGGCUUCAUCAAAAUCUACAAACAAUUCUUUCCACAAGGCGAUCCCAGUAAAUUCGCUUCGCUGGUUUUUCGUGUCUUCGAUGAGAAUAAUGAUGGCUCCAUUGAGUUCGAGGAGUUCAUACGCGCCUUAUCCGUCACAUCGAAGGGCAACCUGGACGAAAAACUGCAGUGGGCCUUCCGUCUUUACGAUGUGGACAACGAUGGUUACAUAACGCGAGAGGAGAUGUACAACAUAGUGGAUGCGAUCUAUCAGAUGGUGGGACAGCAACCGCAAUCGGAGGACGAGAAUACGCCGCAGAAACGAGUGGACAAGAUCUUCGAUCAGAUGGAUAAGAACCAUGAUGGCAAAUUAACAUUAGAAGAAUUUCGUGAGGGUAGUAAAGCUGAUCCACGUAUAGUUCAGGCGUUAAGUUUAGGUGGUGGUUAAAUCGAUUUAAUAAUGCCCCCGUUUACGAGAGAUAUACCAGACCCAGAUUCCAAUUCCACACAAAACAAAAAAAAAAGAACGCGCAAUACCCCGAAAAAGAAACUUUUGAUCAAAACCCCGCUAUAAAAAAUAAAAUCAAGUAAAAAUAAUAUAUAUAUAUAUAUAUUAAAUAAAAUAUAGUAAGCUGUGGGAGAUAUGUUGGUACAGUGCCACGCCCCCCCUUGCGCCCUUCGUUUGCAUUCGCUUCUUCACACUUCACACUCUUUCUCUUCUCUCAACGCUUUUCUCAAUUCUUGAUAAACCCCAAUUUCUCGAUUCUCCGCGCGUCGCUAGCGACACUGAAGAUGAUAAUAAUUUUUUGAUAUAUGCAUAAAACGAGAUGGAAUAAAAAACCAAAAACCAAAAACCAAAAACCAAAGCAAAACGAAUCGAAAAUGAAAUUAAUUUUUAAAUAUACACCAGUAUAUAAAGAUAUAUAUAUAUAUAUAUAGGAAAAAUCAUGGCGUAGUCAGAGCGCAGUUCAUAGCAAUAAUGGAAAUAAAAAAUUAAUAAAUAAAAACAACAAGGAAAGAAAAUAUAUAUAAAAAAAAACUAAUUUAAAAUCGAAAUCGAAAGGCGGGAGGCGGCGUGAGGCGUACGGCGCGAGGCGUUAGCCGUUAGCCGUUGGGCGCCACAAAUCAAUUUUUGAAGCAUACACCAAUUACGAGUAAACUAAUUAAACCUACGAGUAAAUCAGCAUAAUUAUACUAUACAAAACUUAAACUAAACAAUUAGAGCCGAAACUAAGCCUACGAAUCAAUUUGUGCAGCGCCUUCAAAGCAGUAAAAGCAGAAAACAAAAAACAAAAACAAAACAUAAAACUAACUAUUUAAGGGAGUUAUCUAAACUCGAUCCAAGUCAGCUAAUUUCACUCACGACAGCCAACAGCAGCAGCCACUAAUAUCUACACCUUAAAGAUAUAUAUGCUAUAUAUAUAUAUAUAUAGUUACAUGUAUGAAUCUGAGAAGAAUGUGGCCGCAGACGGGGCAAACAGAGUUCAGAGUUUAGAGGGGGGAUGGCUACAAAAGCAGGAGAAGGGGAGCUGGUUAGAAAGAUACUAAAGACAAAAAUUCUAGAAAUUCCUUUGACUAAAGUGAAGUUUAUGUAAGAGAAAGUUAGCUAAACUUGUAUUUCCUAGUAAAAAUGGCAAUGUUAUUUAUCUUCGAUAAAUACCUAUGAUAAAUAUCGAUAAUUUAUUUAUUAUAACACAAAAUAUAUAUUAUAUGUCAAUUUUAUAUCAAAACGUAACAGCAUAAUCCCUGAUUUCUUGCAAAAUUUGAAACUUAUACUAAAGCAUAAAUCGAUUUUAUAUCGAAAAAUUGUUAUCGAUAGUUUUCCAAACUGAAUUACCUAACAUUUUAACUAUAUUUCUAUAUUUCAUUAAUAUUCCGAUAACUAAACUUUCGAUAUUUAUCGAUCCCUUUAACUUGAUAUGCAAAUCAAGUUUUUAAGGUUAGUUUUUGUGGUCUAAAAACCCGCUUUCUAGGUCAGUCGCAGCAUAAAACUUAACUCGGCAGUUUCAGCAGGCUUUCUCUUCUGUCUUACAAUCAUGAAACGCACUUUCACGAACUACCUAACCUAACCAGCUCCCUUCGAUAAGACAACGAAUUCUUGACAGAUUCAAAUGCAGUUUUUUCUUGGCCAAAAACCAUAUUUAAACAAAGAGUGUUGCAUACCCGAAAGGCGCAGUAAAGAAAGUUGUUUGCUUACGUUUUGCUAUCGCUCUAUCUCUGUUUCUACCUCUCUAUCUCGCUCUCUAUAUAUAUAUCUCUCUAUCUCUGUCUAUCUAACUGUAUUUCCUGCUUUGCCUUGUUUUCCGUUAAGCGUUGUAUGUACGUUUAUCCAAACCCCCAAACCCCCCCCAAAGAAAAACAACAACAACUACAACAACAACAACAAUGACAUGCAAAAAAAAAAACCCAAUAAGAAACCAUAUUAUUACAAUAACAACAACAAGAACAACACGAACAAUAGGCGGAGCAGGAUAAAGCAGAAGCAAAAAAGAAGAAGAAAAAUGAUAGAAGAAGAAAUAAAGGAUAAACGGAAAGGUCUUGAUAAAGAAGAAGAAGAAAAAGUUGAAUUAUAAACCAGAAUUAGCUGCAAAAUGAUGGCAUUAAUAAAUAAAAAACUAAUCAAAGAACGCACAGAGAACAACAACAACAACAACAACCAGAGCCACAUCAACAGCCAGAACAUGAACAACAUAUAUAUAUAUAAUAUAGAUAUAUAUAUAUAUGAUAUAUAUAUACAAAAGAAGGAACAAAGUUGGUGCAGUUAGGAUAUAUAUAUAUUAUACCUUAUACCGAGUAUAACAACAAAAUCCAUCAUACGAUUUAAUUUCUAUUCUAUAUGCGGUUCAGCUUUAUUAUUGCAUUGAUUUUUCAAUAAACAACCAGUCGAGAACAACCGUUUUACUAUUCCGAUGACUAUUAUCUAUAUAUUAAAUAUAGAGAAAAUACCAAUUAAUCAAUCACCAACCCCCCCCUCGAUACACCACCCCCACAAGGCUUUCUCACGCCCAACUAUCUAGCUCUACCUAACAGACUACCCUACCCUUUGCAGUAGCCUCUAUGUAAUCUUAGAUAUGGGAGAUGUUAUCGAAGCACUCUCAACCACUCAUACACUCUCACUUACACAUACACAAACACACACACACCCACAUAUAUACUGUAUAACUAUAUAGUGCCUAUGUAUAUGUAGUAGUAAUUCUUAUGAUUUCGCCUGCUUUGCCUUCUUUAAUGAGAGAACAUUCCUAAUUGAUCGAUAAUAAUCGUUUAUCAUUUAUCGUUUAUCGUUUAUCGUUUAUCUUUUCCUAUGCUUUCCAUGUAUUUAAGCACCAAUCUUAAAAAAAAAAGAAAAUGAAAAGUUUAAACACAAAAUUUAAAAAAGAAAAUGCCAUGCAAAAACCAAAGAAAUACACAAAAAAGCAAACACACACA